CAGUGAGCGUACACACAUUUACAGCGAACAGCGACAGAAAAUGAAAGAUUUAUAGAGCACAAGGGAAAAACAUUUUGUCGAUAUUGAGUUGUGCGUUCGCGUUUAUUUUUUUUUUGUUCUCUUCUCGUGUGUGUGUUUAAAAAGUAAAAUAAGAAGACGAAAAAAAAAACCAGAAAAUGAUUUUUCAUAUUUGAAAUUGUUGUGUUGGCUUUCGUUUUUGUUUCAAUUCCAUCAACAAACAGAAAACCGUAAGAGACUUAUCGAUCGCCGAAUGGUAUACAUUUUGAUAUUUUGUGCGAGUUCUUGACUUUUAUAUUUUUUCGUUGCUUACCAUACAAUAUUUUUUUUUCGUUUGUUAAAAUUUCCUUUACGUUGAAUACUACUGCUGCUGCAUGAAUUGCGCUUGUGUGUGCCGGCUACUCGUGUUGCACAGCGAGAAAAAAUCAAAUUGAGCGACGAUUUUCGAAUUGAAAAUUGAACGAAAAGAAGAAAAAAAAAAAACAAAAACACAAACCGAAAGCAAAAAAAAGCGAGAGAAAGAGAAAGAACCCACAUUGAUAGAAAGAGAGAGAAGAUAUAUGUAUGAAGUUUGAGAGAGAGAGAGAGAGAGAGAGCCGAUAUAAGAGAGUUCAUACGAAGGGGGCCACCAAAAAAACGGCAGCGAAUUUCAGUAUUUAAGGCAUUUGUCGAAAGUAAGUGUGCUUCGAAAAAAAUAUUGUUGAUAUAUGAUGUCGGAACGCAGAACAAUCAAAGUGCAUUGUGCAUUGAAACCGUACAUUUUCUGAUGAUUGUUUCAUUGCUGCAGUUGUCGUCGUCGCUGUAGCCGCCGUUGUCGAUGUUGUUGUUGUUGUUGUUGUUUUUUUUCUCCGACCGUUCAUUCAUUUGCGGUAUUGCGUUCCUUGUGGUAUAAUUUUAAUCGUUUCUGUUUAAUUUGGUUUGAGCACGUCGUGCAAAGUUAUGCUAUCGCAGCAUUUAUUGCUUAAUAUUCGUUGCUCAGUUGCUUGUUGUUUCGAUUCGAUCUCCAUUGCGGGAAGUGAACGACUGACUUUUUGACUGACGACCACACGCGCAGCCCAACAUCAUUCCAUUCAUUUGUGCUGCAGUGGGAAAUAGCAAAAUGGAUAAUGAAACAAAUCCCAGUGAAAAUGAUGCCGAAGUGGUUGAAUCGUGUGUAAAAAUCAAUGAAAAUGGAUGCGACGAACAAACGGAUGAAACCGAUGCAGUGACUGAAUCGGAAGAUAAAGACGAAUCCGAAGUGGAAAAUGUAUCCGAAAAUAAGACAGAAGAAGAGGAGGAGGAGGAAGAGGAAGAGUGUCCGUCACCGAAGGAAUCGUCGCCAGUUGAUGAGGCGCCAAGUGAAACCGAUCAAUUUGCUGUGAUUGAUUCAGAUCCAUCAGAGAGUAGUCCCGAGAAGGGAGCCUGCAUUGUGUCAUCACCAUCCGAAACGGAACAUGAAGAAUUGGGAAACGACAAGAGCUGGAACCAGCUGGAGAAUGAAAGUAGCCCCGAAAAGAGUCAAUCUGAAGUGGCUUUUGAAGCGGCUUGUAUCAUAUCAUCACCAUCCGAGGCGGAAAUGUACGAAUCGGCAAAUGAAAAAACCUGGGGCCAACUGAAUGAAUCGGUGAGCGAAGGCAUUUACGAUGAAGCCGAAUUAGAAGAUUCCAUUGACGAUGAAGCCGAAUCGGAGGACGAUGAAAUGGAAAAUAAUUAUCGACCCAGUCAAAAAGUGGUGUACCAAAAAAAGGAGCGCGAAAAAGAACAAAAACCGGCAGCCGAAUGCCCAGUAUUCGAGCUAACCGAUGACAAUUCAAGCGUCGACGAUGUACGAUCCGAAGUGGACGAUGACAUUGAAGGCGAUGAAAUGGGCGAAGAGGAAGAAGAUUCGGAUUACAGCGAAGUUCAUAAUAUCGAUGACAGUGAUGAUGAGCCAUCAUACGUUGAGGAACGGAACAUUCAAAAUGUACGCCAAUUACCACCAACAGCAUCAUCAUCAUCACACAGUGCCAAGAUCGAUGUUAAACUACCGAUCAAAUCAUACGAUAAUGAACACACCUUCGAUGAAGAUGCUAAAUUCGGAAAACAUUCAGCGGCACGAGUCAGCAGCGGUAGCAGUAGCCAGUGUCGAAGUUAUAUAAAAAGUAUGCUUCAAAAUCAGAGUGCCUCAAAACUUCAACGAUAUUUGGCUGUUAAAAGAAGUAUAAAAUGUUUGAGCAGAGACAACAAAACGACGAUGCGUGAUAAUCGAGGUGUAAAUCGGAUGGUGGAAGUAUUGAACAGUGGCAUUGAUACUGGAAGUUCGUCGAAUCUCGUUACAAAAUCAACGCCCGUUGAUGGAUCGGUACUGAAAGAACGAAACAUCAACGAGACCAGCGAUUCAACGAAAAUUCACGGCACCGAUGCAAAGGAUGCAAAGACCGAUGAUGACCGUGAGCGAAAGUCGAAUGCUCAAAGUGCCAGUGAAUUGAAUAUAAAGCGAAGCCUAAGCCAUCAAAGUGGAAAUGAAUUAAUGAUAAAUCUCGAUUUGGAUCAUGAUUUGGACGAGAUUGAUUAUGAAGAAAAAUGUGCCAAAGCAUUGACCUCUGAAGGUGACAAUGACAGUCAGAAUACAUUGGGCAUGGAUGUCGAUGAACCGAGUGAAAAUCUAUACGUCAGCAAUACAGCACGAAGAUCCGGAUCGACGGUGGCGUCGGCGGCGGCGGCGGCCAAGACCGAAGAAGACGAUAUCGAUGAUCCGGUGACAAUUGAAAGCGAAGAGGAAACAUUAAGUAAAAGCAAUGCCCCCCAUGAGAGCAAAAUCAUCGUAAAUGGAAUUAGCAGCAGCAACAACAACAACAACAACAAGGGCAGUUCGUCGUCGUCGUCGGCGGCAGAAGACGUAGAUAAAGAGACGAAAUCAGUCGAUGAUAACAUGGCUACAAAAACCACAAACAAAUCAAAUAAACGGAAAAUUUCCAUUUCGUCGGACGAUGAGCAAGCACCACCCGCUAAGAACCCACGAAAUGAGAUCGAGGAAAAUUUCUCGAAGCAUGAUAAAAUGAUGCGCCGAAUGAUUGAAUCAUCAACGUCAGCCAAUAAAAAUGAUCCCGACAAUUUGCAGCGUGACAUUGACCAGUUGACCAAUGAAAUUGAGGCAUUGGAUGAAGCAGCUCGCACCAAAGAAAUCGAAUGGAACAACAUUCUGUACUUGAAGAAGAUGAAAGAAGACAUGCUGUUACGAUUAAAUCGCAAGAAAACCGUCAUCGAAAUCAUGGCCACCAAGUCAAUUGACAAUCCGGAAAGUUUGUUCCUCAAUAGCAGUACAUUAGACUGUUUGAAUGAGCUGAGUGCAAAUGAAUCGAAAAAAUCGGGCGGCAUUGGUCCGGCCACAUCGUUCAUUAUGUCUCGAUGCAACAUGAAAAGUGUUGAUUUAGCCAAAGAAAAGUCUAACUUGAACGAACUGCACAGCAUUGUGUUCCCCAGAAAUAUUCAGCCAAAAUCAACGCAAUCGCUGCGAACCAACAAUGCAUAUGCCAAUGUUGUUACCUCAAUACCAAAAUCGUCACCGGCCAUUCAAACGCAGCAACAGCAACAAUCAUACUUAUCGCAACGAUUCCGUGAAAAUGGCCAAAGCCUAUUGAAUUCAGCCAAUCAAUUGGAACAGGCGGCGAAUAAGAUGCAAAUCGGGCGACAAGGUCAAAUCAAAGAUGUGCAAUCGAUCAUUGCCAACUUUCGACAAACGCAUCCGGAGGUGGUCCCGCGGCGUGGCCGCCGCUUGAAAAAUGUUAACCAAAAUCUGUACGGAAAUGAACAGGGCAGCAAUUCAGCGGGUGAUAAUACGGAUGCUCUGGUAGCGGAUCUAUUAUCGAAACGGAACAAUGACAUCAGCUCACCGCCAUCGUCAAAUGAUUCCACCUACAGCAAUUCACAAGUACUGCUAUCGAAAGCCGGCGCAUCAAAUCAAUAUGGCUCCAUUGCAGCAGGCAAUUUUAAGCAAGCAUUUAAUGAGAACAAUAUCGGCGGUGGGCUAGGUUUGAAGAAUAACAGUCUUUUGACCAGCACACCGUUAUUCAAGAACCAGAACAGCGGUAUCGGUUACCCAGAAGUCACAUUGCACCCAAUUGGUCAGUCCAGCCAUUCGGCACUUCUCCACAACCAAAAGAACAACAAUGAUCAUCUAUCCGAUGCUCAUACCAAUUCCCUAUUACAUGGAAUAUUAACAAAGAGCUCAAAGCUAAAAGGAUCAUCAACCGUAACAACAGGCAUGACGUCAACUGCGAAUGCGACCGGUUUCAAUAAUGCAUUUUCGCCCACAUUGGCUCGCCUUCUGACCGCGCCGGAACGAAACUUCGCACUCAGCACCGCUUUAUCGUCAAACAAUGGUGGCAACAAUGCCAAUAACAACAACAACAACAACAACAACACCUUCUUUUCAAAUCAAGCGGCCGGUAUAAAUCUUACCAAAUCAAGUAACUCGCGUUCGCAACAACAACAGCAAGAUUCAAGCAAGCCGGAAAUCUCAUGUCUACCCAUCUCACAAAUUUUAGCAUUUCAACAGCAACAACAACAGCAGCCACAAAAUAAUUCACUUUUGCAGCAACAAUUGCAACGUUAUCAACGUGAUAUCAACAAAUUUUUACCGAAGAACAAUGUUUUGUUCAAUUUGGAUGAUGAAGCGGACGAUAGUGAUCGUUUGGUGAUUGAUGAGGAACAGUAUUCAAAUAGCGAAAUGAUCGGUGGUACAUCUGGAAAGUUGAAUGAUGAUUCGCAUGAGAAUGAAUUGCCCGUGUGUCAAGGGUGCAAAAAGAGUGAAGCACAAUUUGUAUGUGCCGAUUGUCAGCGUCAGUGGUAUUGCAGCCGUGAAUGUCAGGUAAUGGCAUGGGACGAGCAUUCAGAAGUUUGCGGCCGAUAAAUAUCCUUUCUCUGUUCGGUCAUUCAACACAAUCAGAUUUUUCUAGCAUUCAUACUAUUAAUUUCUUCUUCUUUUUCUUGAUUUCAAUGAAUUUUUUUCCUUGUGUUCAUUUGAAAAAUGGAAACGUUUAUACACGAAAAAACAAACAAACAAACAAACAAACAAAAAACCAACCAUUUAUACCAGACAAAAUGAAAUAUCAGAAUAUCUAUUAUUUUGUACAAAAAAAAACAAA